UUACAACAUAGGUUCUCAAUACUCAAGUCGUUGAGAAUUGGGUUAAGGGUAAAAUUGGAAUUUCAGUUUAAAAGGCGGGCGAAUGUAACCGUAAGGAAAACCUUCUGAACAAAAACCACCGCCAAGAAACCCUCUUUUCAAUUGUUGAAUCGAGCUGAUCCCGAAAUGGUUCGAGCCGAUCCAUCAGAUUCAGAAGCGGAAGAAAGUGACAAUUCAAGUUCAGAAGAAGAAAUCGAUGAGGCUAACUGCAAUGGGCAAAAACAGCCCGAAGUAUCGGAGUACGAGAAGCAGAGGCUAUCGAGAAUUGCUGAGAACAAAGCCAAACUGGAAGCCCUGGGACUCUCUAAAUUGGCAUCUUCUUUCAUGGGUUCACCUCAGAACUCCAAUAAGUGUAAAGGGAAACGCAAGGUCGUUGAAGACGAUGAGGAUUAUAUGCCUAAUGAUGAUGAUGAUGGUGAUAAUGAUAAUGAUGAUAAAGGUUCCAGAUCUAACAAAAGGAAGGUGAAGAGUAAAAGCCCAAGAUCUAAGAAAACUUCUCAGAAGCAAUUGAGUAGUGCAGAUUACAUUGAUGAAGAUACUGACUUGAUGCAGGCAAUUGCUCUUUCACUACAACAUUCUGCUGAAGUUCCAGGUUCUACUCUAAAUGAAAAAAAGGGAAAAGCCCACACUAAGGAAGAUGCAGGAAGGGGCAAGAGAAAAAAAUCGCAGUUCACAAGUCGGGUACAAAUGACUGAAGAUGAAUUGAUCUUACAUUUUUUUCAGUUUGAUGAAGCAGGAAGAGGUAGCAUAACUAAGAGAGAUUUACAAAGAGUAGCAGUUGCACAUGAUUUUUUGUGGACAGAUGAAGAGUUGGUUGAUAUGGUUCAUUUCUUUGAUAGUGAUGGAGAUGGGAAGCUAAAUCUUGAUGAUUUUUGGAGGAUCGUCAGCCGGUGCAAUAUGAUUAGAGCAUCUGAUAAUCCUUGAUGGAUUUAAGGUCACAAAAUCUAGUUGCAGUGUCCAUUUUCCACUCAUGGUAACUAGUGAUUAUGUUUUUAAUAAUACUAAAUAUAUAAACUUAUAUACAAGCCCACUCAUACAAAUUGGUACGUUCCAAUAUUGAUGGGUGAUUUUAAAUUAGGACUUUACUCAUUAGACGAGCUGAUGAGUCAAAUACAUCAAUUUGUAUAAUUAGUCUUAUAUUUCUAUGGAACUGUUGUUUUUGUUUCUUUA